GGGAGUUCUUCAUGUUCGCGGCCUUAGUUGUAGUCUACAUACUGGAGAGUGAGACUCCACCUGGAAAAAAAAGCUACAGGGGUUGUUUUAGGCGUUUGUAGCAGGAGUUUGGGAGAAAACUGCCUUGGGUGGUAAGAAAUUAUUUGCUUUUCUCUUGGAUAGCGAUAUAAAGUUUUCGCCAUGCCGGUUUUUCACACGAAGACGAUAGAAAGUAUCCUGGAGCCGGUGGCUCAGCAAAUAUCCCAUCUGGUGAUAAUGCACGAAGAAGGUGAAGUUGAUGGAAAAGCUAUUCCAGAUCUGUCGGCGCCGGUUGCUGCGGUGCAAGCGGCGGUCAGCAACCUUGUUCGGGUGGGGAAGGAGACUGUACAAACCACUGAAGACCAGAUUAUGAAAAGGGACAUGCAACCAGCUUUUAUCAAAGUGGAGAAUGCAUGCACUAAGCUGGUGCAGGCUGCCUCCAUGCUGAAAGCUGAUCCAUACUCUGUUCCUGCUCGGGACUACCUCAUCGAUGGUUCCCGGGGCAUCCUUUCUGGGACCUCUGACCUACUUCUGACCUUCGAUGAGGCCGAGGUUCGCAAAAUAAUCCGAGUGUGCAAAGGCAUCCUGGAGUACCUGACAGUGGCAGAGGUGGUGGAGUCAAUGGAGGACUUGAUCACAUACACAAAGAACCUGGGACCAGGAAUGACGAAGAUGGCGAAGAUGAUAGAUGAGCGACAGCAGGAGCUAACACACCAGGAGCACCGUGUGAUGCUGGUCAACUCCAUGAAUACAGUAAAAGAGCUGCUGCCCAUUCUGAUCUCAGGCAUCAAAAUCUUUGUGACGACCAAGACAUCUGGCAGCCAAGGUGUGGAGGAGGCCUUGAAGAACCGGAACUUUACUUUUCAGAAGAUGAGCGCCGAGAUAAAUGAGAUCAUCAGAGUGCUGCAGCUUACAUCUUGGGAUGAAGAUGCCUGGGCCAACAAGGACACAGAGGCCAUGCGGAGGGCUUUGGGCCUUAUCAACUCAAAGAUGGCUCAAGCUAAGAACUGGCUGAGGGAUCCAAAUGCCCAACCAGGGGACGCAGGUGAGCAGGCCGUCCGACAAAUCCUUGAUGAAGCUGGGAAAGUCAGUGAACUGUGUGCUGGCAAGGAGCGUCGCGAUAUCCUGGGCACAGCCAAGACCAUAGGCCAGAUGACUGACCAGGUGUCUGAGAUGAGAGCCAGAGGUCAGGGGCCGUCCCCAGCCGCCAUGCAGAAGGCCCAGCAGGUUUCCCAUGGGCUUGAUGUGCUAACGGGCAAGGUGGAAAAUGCUGCUCGCAAGUUGGAGGCCAUGACUAACUCCAAGCAGGCCAUCGCCAAAGGGAUUGAUACAGCACAGAACUGGCUGGCAGAUCCUAAUGGCGGCCCAGAGGGAGAGGAGAACAUCAAGGCUCUGCUCGCUGAGACAAAAAAGAUUGCAGACAUGUGCGAGGAUCCCAAAGAAAGAGAUGACAUAUUGCGCUCUAUGGGAGAGAUUGCAGCCAUGACUGCCAAGCUGUCUGAUCUUAGAAGACAGGGUAAAGGUGACACUCCUGAGGCCAGAGCUUUGGCUAAGCAAAUUGCUACAGCUCUGCAAAACCUGCAGUCCAAGACCAACAAAGCUGUGGCCAACAGUAGACCUGCAAAGGCAGCUGUUCACUUAGAAGGAAAGAUUGAGCAGGCGCAGCGCUGGAUUGACAAUCCUACCGUGGAUGACAGUGGUGUCGGCCAAGCAGCCAUCCGUGGGAUGGUGGCAGAGGGCCGCAGGCUGGCCAACGCUCUGCCAGGCCCAUACAGGCAGGAGCUGCUGGGUAAAUGUGAGCAGGUGGAACAGCUCAUGGCCCAGCUGGCCGACCUGGCUGUCUGUGGCAAAGGGGACUCUCCGCAGGCACGUGCUGUGACCCAGCAGCUCCAGGAGGCCUUGAAAGACCUGAAAGGGACGAUGCAAGAGGCGAUGACUCAGGAGGUGUCUGACAUCUUCAGUGACACCACCACCCCCAUCAAGUUACUGGCAGUGGCUGCUACCGCCCCUUUGAACGCCCCCAACAGGGAUGAGGUCUUUGACGAAAGGGCUGCCAACUUCGAGAACCAUGCCAAUAAGCUUGGCACUACAGCAGAGAAGGCCGCUGCUGUCGGCACUGCCAAUAAGAGCACAGUGGAGGGAAUCCAGGCUGCUGUCAAGUCAACAAGAGACAUAACACCACAAGUGGUAUCUGCUGCUCGCAUUCUGCUGAGAAAUCCUGGCAACCAGGCAGCGUAUGAACAUUUUGAGACCAUGAAGAAUCAGUGGAUUGACAAUGUGGAGAAAAUGACAGGUUUGGUGGACGAGGCCAUCGAUACCAAAUCUUUGCUAGAUGCCUCAGAGGAGGCCAUCAAGAAGGACCUGGAUAAGUGCCGUGUGGCCAUGGCCAACCAACAGCCUCAGAUGCUGGUUGCCGGUGCCACUAGCAUCGCCCGCAGAGCCAACCGUAUCCUAUUGGUGGCGAAACGAGAGGUGGAGAACUCUGAGGAUCCCAAAUUUAGGGAGGUAGUGAAGGCUGCAUCUGAUGAACUGAGCAAGACCAUUUCUCCCAUGGUGAUGGGCGCUAAAGCUGUGGCUGGAAAUAUCCAGGAUCCAAGUCUUCAGAAGGGCUUCCUGGACUCGGGUUAUAAGAUUCUUGGUGCUGUAGCAAGGGUCAGGGAGGCCUUCCAGCCACAGGAGCCAGAUUUUCCACCGCCUCCUCCUGAAAUGGAUCAGCUUAAUCUUAAUGAUGAGGCAGCACCACCCAAGCCUCCUCUUCCAGAGGGCGAGGUUCCUCCCCCCAGGCCUCCUCCUCCAGAGGAGAAAGAUGAGGAGUUCCCUGAGCAGAAGGCUGGUGAUAUGGUUAAUGAGCCCAUUAUGGUGGCUGCCAAGCAACUCCAUGAUGAAGCCCGCAAAUGGUCCAGCAAAGGUAAUGACAUUAUUGGUGCAGCCAAACGCAUGGCCUUGCUCAUGGCUGAGAUGUCGCGCCUGGUGCGUGGAGGCAGCGGAAACAAGCGAGCCCUCAUCCAGUGCGCCAAGGACAUUGCUAAGGCUUCUGAUGAAGUUACACUACUGGCUAAGGAGGUGGCCAAGCAGUGUACUGACAAGCGUAUCCGAACCAACCUGCUUCAGGUAUGUGAGCGUAUUCCCACCAUCAGCACUCAGCUCAAAAUCCUGUCCACAGUCAAGGCCACCAUGUUGGGUCGUACCAACAUCAGCGAAGAGGAAUCAGAGCAGGCUACUGAGAUGCUGGUCCACAACGCUCAGAACCUGAUGCAGUCUGUGAAGGAGACAGUCAGGGAGGCUGAGGCAGCUUCCAUUAAGAUCCGGACAGAUGCAGGUUUCACCCUCCACUGGGUUAGGAAGACCCCGUGGUACCAGUAAGAGAAGAGGGCACUGUUCCUCUGCUUCCACCUGCUGAGGUCCAGCUGUCCAGGAGAACACUGAAUGGACACAUGUAUGCUUUACCACAGCUAUGAUAUCGGUGCCUAUUACCCAGAUAUGGGCAAAGUUUCUCUAUUAGUCCCAUGUCCUGUCUAACAGUUGCUGGUCUGGUAGAAUGUAAAAAAAAAAGGGACUAUCAGUGUGAAUUAUGGGUUAGAAUCUUACUGGGAAUGUUUUUUUCCCCCUAAAGUGUGUAAAAAUGUGUUUUAAAGCUUAUUUUGACAUAUCCCAGGAAUAUAUAUAUUUUGAUUAGAGUUUGGAUUUCAUAUAAUUUAAGGUUCAUUGUGUUUGUCUUGACAGAAAUCACAUUAAGUUGAAUUUAAAUAAGAUUUUCUCAACAUUUGUAUGUCUUUGUACUGAUAAUUAUCAUUCAGUCACCUUUGCUAGGUUAAGCCACAUGAACUUGUGGAGUUGUUACAAGUACAAUAUGGGCCUACAUUCAGCACACACUAAAUAUAUUCAGUGGUUUUGUCUGUUUACACAGCUCUGUAUUAUAACAAGUGAAAGACAAACACUGUUCCUUUUUUUUACAUAUUGUAGUGCAGUUGUAACUAUCUUUAUUUUCUUCAGUGUUCUGCCAAAGAAAUUCUGCCUUGAUCUUUGAAAGUACAGUUGUAAGCAAUGCAUAUCUGAGUUUAAGGACUAGUUUAAUCAAUUAAACAAAUAACUACAAUGUCAUCCUGCAACAAGUAAAGAUAAAAACUUGUAAAAUGUAAUAAAGAGGCCUUAGGUACACUUUGAAGCCAAAUAGCCAAAAAUAAUUGCUUUGGUUUUUACAGCAAACUAACAAAACCUAUUCUUUCAAGAGGCUGCUGUAUCUCUAAACACUGCACACAGUAUAUGUCUUGUGUUUUUGUUGUGCACAGUACUUUUUUUGUGAUAUACGAAUUGCACACUUCUAGGUCGUCAAGGAAAUGAGCAGAAUUCAGAGAUGAAGCACAGGUUAUGAUUAAACACAAGUGGCCAUUUUUUCUGGCAACCAUAGCUAAUAUUUUAAAAUGUCUGAAGACCAUUGAUAUGAAUUCCUCCUAAGUAGCUCAUACUAACUGAUGUGCCUUGUGAAAGAAACUUAAGUGAAACACUUUUCAUUUUAGAUGUCUUGUCAUUUGUACAUGUAUCAAGGUGAUUUGUUAUAAACACUUGUUUUACAUAUUACCAUUAAGUUACACCCAAAUAGUGAUGUCGGAUUAUGCUCUGCAAUCCAUCAUAUCGAAAUUAUGCAACUUAGUUGGAGUCUACCACAUUUUGCUAAGGUGUGUUUCACAAUUUUGUAAUAAUAGCACUUGGAGGGUGUGUUUGAUCUAUAAUUUCUUUCGUUCUUAUAUGUGCUUAUCAAGGUUUGUACUGUAAGGAAGUUGACUCCUGACUCUACCUGUGAAAAUAUUUGAUGUAAGCAGAGUACUCUCUAUAUUAAACAGUGUAUGUAACAUAAUUUUAAA